UUCCUGUUGUCGGUUCUUUUCCUUCGGGGCGCAGUUACUGUCUUUCCCCUCUUCUAAUGAGACCCCGCUUGUUGGAUUUGCUGCCUGCGCACUAUCGAAGUCGUUACCACCCUCUAUCUCAAGGCUGAUACUCACCUGUCUUUUCCCUCGAUUCGUUCCGCGAGUGCACGUACACGCACGCACUCGCAGUAUACAUCGAUUUGCUUUGGAAACAACACAAGUCACAACAGGCGCUUACUGUGCAUUGAGUAACGUAGUCCUUACCAUGGCGUCUCUUCGUGUUCCUGCACCAACGCCGGUCCCUACAUCUACCCUCACCGACAGGCGUAGCUCCCAUAUGCCAUUAUCCAGUCACGGCAUGCCCAAGGCACCCCGCGCUUUGUCACCAGAACAGCCUCACAGAUUCUCAGCCAUCAUUCUACCCAAUUCACCAGCAGAGUCAUUGCCAAAAACUCCUCUAUCCCCAGGACCAAUGUCACCGCCUAUGUCAGCUAAGUCCUUUGGCACAUUCAUCGACUCAGCACCUCCCACACCAGCCUAUUCGCCAAGACAAAUGGGCGAAGAAUGGGGACACUCGCAAAUAACGAUACUGCGCCCCAUGUCCUCUUCGUCACUACCGUCAAGCCCCACGGAGCCAGCAUGGGAAAUGAUGGCCCCCGUGAAGCAGCCAGCCAACCCCGUCCCAGCACUAGAGGGCUGCACUCUAGUCAGGCCGAAGCUCCCGACUGCGACAUCAACUCCACUCGCACUCUCUAAGCCAGUAAAGAAAACCAAGCAGGCCGCACCAACCAGGGCUACUACCACAGAUGUCUCCAAGCUAGCCAGCACCACCAGCAAGGAAGAUGCGCUCCGGAGGGAAGCGGAAGCACAAGCGCGAAAGCUUGUCGGAGAGGAAGAAGCAGCAAAGUCACCAGAAGCGACCGAGAAGUCGCAGCCCGAGCCGAGUCCAAAGACAGACACAGCUCCCCUCGGCAAGCUUGCGACGAGGAUGAAAUCGUUGUUGAGGCGAAACACGAGCGAGAAGAAGAAAGAGAAGAAGGACAAGCCGGCGCAAGAAUUUGAUCGCUUGGAGGAUGCACAUUGGUCGGAGAUGUGAACACAGAAUGGAUGUCAGCGUGUUGGACGCAUUCAGGCAGUGUCUUCUGAAUUGGCGUUGAUAAUUCGCAACGCCAGAGUACCUUUCCAUCUCUCCUAUCUACGUCCGCAGCACCACAGCAGCGUCCUAUUUGUAUCCAUUGGCGAGGCUAGAUUUUGGCUCGAAGCCCUGACAGUUUGUCGCACGUGUCAUCGACGCUCUUAAUUUACUUCCGGGCGGUCGCUCGUUCAUCGACAGAAUUGAUACCCACGACGACACAGCGUCUCUUCUUGCUUUCGCUAUACUCGCUCGAGGCCAUUAGCUGUUUAGAUUCGAUGUUGGUGUACCUCCAGGGAGCGUUCUGGUGUUGAGUGGACACAUGGCUGACGAACCUGUCUAUGAUGACAGACGAGAUGCACGAGGAUGGGGCAGGACGGUGUCGAAG